GCCAAGGAGAAGCCAGGCCCGGAAGGUGCGUACUGGACAGAGUUCAGCACGUCGCAGAACUCGUCAGCCGUGAGUGCACCUGACAGGAGUCAUGGCUCUAAAAGCGCCACUAGCACAAGAGAGGACGCUUUUCACCGUUGUAGCUUUACUAGCCUAUUUGGUAUGUCCAGUGACUUGUGAAACAGGGGACUGCAGACAACAAGAGUUCAGGGAUCGGUCUGGAAACUGUGUUCUCUGCAAGCAGUGCGGGCCCGGAAUGGAGCUGUCUAAGGAAUGUGGCUUUGGCUACGGGGAGGAUGCUCGGUGUGUGACGUGCCGGCUGCACAGGUUCAAGGAGGACUGGGGCUUCCAGAAGUGCAAGCCCUGCCUGGACUGUGUGCUGGUGAACCGCUUCCAGAAGGCCAACUGUUCCGUCACCAGCGACGCUGUCUGCGGGGACUGCUUGCCAGGAUUUUAUAGGAAGACAAAACUUGUUGGUUUUCAAGACAUGGAGUGUAUACCUUGCGGAGACCCUCCUCCUCCUUACGAACCACACUGCACCAGCAAGGUCAACCUGGUGAAGAUCCCGUCCACAGCUUCCAGCCCGCGGGACACCGCGCUGGCCGCUGUCAUCUGCAGCGCCUUGGCCACCGUCCUGCUGGCCCUUCUCAUUCUCUGCAUCAUCUACUGUAAAAGACAGUUUAUGGAGAAAAAACCCAGCUGGUCGCUGAGAGCGCAGGACAUCCAGUACAACGGCUCUGAGCUGUCCUGCCUGGACAGGCCCCCGCUCGGCACACCUGCUCCCAGAGCCUGCUGUCAGUGCCACCAGGACUUCGCCCAGACCUGCGGGCCCGUGCACCUGAUCCCGUCCUUGUGCUGUGACGACACCUGCAGCCUCGACCAGGCGACUCUGGGCUGCAGGGUGCAUUCCAAGGCCACACUUCAGGAAAGGAAGCUUUUUAGGACUCCAUUCUUUCUGGAAGAAGCGCCAGGAUGGAGCCCAAGGGCACACGCUUGUCCGCUUACACUAUGGACUGAGCAGUCUGGACCUCACAUGGCUUCUGGGGGCAAAAGUCUGAACCGAACCAAUGGCUUUUUAAGCCUUUCAUCCAGUUGCUUCUGAGCCAGACUAGCUGUAAACAGAAACCUCAAGGAACAACAAGAAAAGACUGCAGAUACUCACGAAGCUUUGCAUCUUCCUAAACAGGACGCUUCUGUGCUGCCAGCGUGACUUCAAAGACCGCUGCACCGAGCGGCAGCGCUGAGGUCGCGGCUCACGGAACCGGAGACGCAGCCCCGCUGGUGCUCACGGCGAAUGCGCCCACACGGCUCAGGACCAGACUACCCGUUUUCAUCUGCAUCUGUCCCAAAAAUAAUUUCACGUAGCCGGUUAUCCUACUAAAGGUCAAUGUUAGAUUAGUUACCUUCGUUUUUAUGUAGAAUGGGUUCAAAAUGAGUGCUUCUAUUUGAGGAAGGUUUCGUCAUCCGAGCAGCGGGCUUAGGAGGGUGGAACAGACUGACUACUCGUGGCUUUUUAGAUCAAGUCGCUUGGCCUAAGUAGAAACGAGAGCAAGACAAGUCUCUUGAAGAACUGAUGCUUCUAACCUCAGCCACCAUCUCGCAAACACCUGUCUGCCGGAGCCAGUCACAAGGGCACCAAGUCAGGGUUCAAGGUGGAGAGAGGGCUGCCUGCCACCCGAGUCCACAACCACUAAACACACGCUCUCCAGACCCGCAUACAAAGAUGAGCAGGUUUCUGUGGAAAUCAGUUGAUAUGGAAGCAUCUGUCACUCUAUCCCUGUGACUGAGCUUAGAGGAUGCAGAAUUUCUCUUGUAUAGAAAAGUGGUAUUUAUAAUA